CACAAAACGAAAGUAACACGAUAAAUGAUAACAGGAAAACUUUGAUUCCAAUUUUAGACACAAUUCAUUCCAAAGUCACGUAGCUGUACAAAGAGUUUGGCUGGUAUACAGAACAUGGAAUAACUGUUUAAAACGAGUUGAGCGUUUGAUCGUCUGUCAAAAAUCAUAAGGUAAAAUGGCUCAAUCAAACUAUAGAGACUCAGACGACGAAGAUCAAUUUGACUCGUGGCUAAAGAGGGUCAGGGAAAGCGACGCCCUUGUUGUCUAUGAGCAAGAUGAUGAAUAUGAAGUGUUUAAAACUGUGCUACAGUAUUUCGAUUCGCACGAGUUGACGUACGCUCUGCCACAGAUUGAAUAUCCAGGAGGUAAUAUUAUGCCCUCCACAAGUAAAGCCAUCGAAAAUGCCAGGAAAGUGCUGCUUAUUUUAUCUCAAAAUAGUAACAAUGCCAGAUUUUCUCUGGAGACGUUUUUAGCCUUGGAGAAGUGUGUGAAAACCGAUCAGCUGUGUCUCACGAUACUGACGCUCCAUGGAUUCGAACGGAAGAACAUCUCCAGUAUUCCCAUGUUACAGAAUGCCACCAUUGUGGAGUUGGACUAUAAUCGCCAGGAGAUAUGUCUGGAAGCUGUGGUCCGACACAUUAAAGAGGAUGAUAUAAAAUUGACAAAAGUAAUCCCGGCAGGAAACUUUGCGACAGGACUGGCAUGGAGUCACUUUACUGGAUAUCUAAAACUCAUCCUUCCUGAAAUUCCAACAAAAAUAAGAGAAUCUGAUGCAUACAGAGAAAACCCUGGCAGAUUUCUUGAAAAGUUCUUUAUUCUCCUGCCACGAUCAGGAAGGGCCCCUAAGUUAACAGACGACACAAGAAUUUCGGAGGUUGACAAACUCUCCUUAAAGUUAACAGUGGAUGGUUCCCCUCGUACUUACACACCUGUGGUUUAUCGGGUGUCAGAUGAUGAUGGACAGCAGUACUACUGUUGUGCAGAAAUCCCCAGUGCCUUUGGAACAAUAGGAAAAGUGUUUGAAGAAAUUCUAGGACAUAUUACAGCCCAACAAAGAGUGAUGGAAGUAGAGAGAUUUUACUACAAACUCCAGGAGAUAUUGAAUCACCAGCUAAAUGACAGGUUAAUUGGCACGGUAGAAGUUAUUAUGUUUGAUGAUGAGACGAAAGAUGACAGUGCCACCCCGUCAUUUCAACUCAUUAAGCGGUUUAAAGCUGGACCUUCUUAUGUCCAACAACCAUUCCCCGGUAACAAGAAGAGGUUCAAACAUGAUGUUUGUCUUUUAUAUUCUAAAUGCGAUUCCAGUGAUGCAUUAAAAGUGAGGGUUGCUCUAGAGGAGAAAGGGAAACGAGUAAGUAAGGUAGUAAUGCCGGACCAGAGCCUUCAUGAAACAGAACAAAGAUUGACCUCUGCUGCUUGGGUGGUUUUAUUUAUGUCUGGAAAUGCUAUGUCCGUGACUAAGUCUGAGUGCAUGCCACUCUGGAUGGCAAAUGUCUUAAGUUGUAGUUUGGAGGACAACGAGCUCCGAGUUAUACCAGUGUUGAUAGAUUCUGAUGCCAGUAGCAUUCCGGACUUCAUACGAUGGGUGACAUACAUCAGCAUUAAAGAGGAGGGGUACCAAAACAGAAUCCUUGACAUCAUCAAUGGCAAACCAGUUUCAAUGAAGUCUUUAUCUCCAGUGGGGAAUGUAGCGUACGGUCUAGCCUGGGCGUUUUUUAUGAACUAUUUACAAUAUGCUGUUACUAAUCUGGCUAUAAGAUGUAAACAAAAAAUGACGGAAAUUAACGCUGAUCCUAAUAAGUGUGUUGUAAAGUUAUUCGAGUUCAUUCCAUUAUCUGGGAAAACGAUUCAUUCACUAGAUGAGAUUGAGUCCUCGCAAUACGGCAUAGAAAAAUUUGGAUCUGUUCGUAAAGUGGAAUCCAAUGUUGCAGGUGUAAGGAGACAGUUUGAUGUGAAUAUGUAUGCCAUAUAUAAAAAACCUGAACACCCAAGUGAACCUAAACAAUUUGUAGAGUUUUUCAUGGGAGAAUUUGCAGCUCCUCUACGAACUUUGCGCAAUAUGCAUGAAUCCUACAUUGCUGGAUUGAAUAACCAGCAAUUCACAAAACAAAUUGAACAGUUUGAGAAGGAGCUUCAAACUAUAUUGCGAGAUGUUCCAUGUAGAGAAAACGGUUUAGAGGAUGUUAGAGACUGUUGUGUACCAAUCCUAUAUGAAGAUGAUAAAACAGAUUUCAUUGACAAUUUAAUGGAGGUAAUAGGAAAAAUCCGACAGGCUUCCAAAGUUGGAAGUAAAUUAGCCCAAGCAAAGAGAGAACCAUGAAUCUUCCUGGAAUUGGAAAGUUAUAUAUUACUUAUUGAAAACUUUAUCAUGUUACUUGUUUUUACUAUAUACCCCAGUGGCAAUUUUACUCUCUAAAGAAAUGGAUAACUGGGUUGUUCCGGCUAACUACAAACUAUACCAAUAAUGCGUAAGCAAGGAAAGUCUGAUUUGUUCUUUUUUUUCAUUAAAUAUAUUUCAUAUUCGAGUAUAGCGUGUUUUUUACAUGAAUUUUCAAAAAUCAUUUGAUCAUUUUUACUAACAUAAGAAUUUUGUGAA